AUGGCGCACACUCAUUAUUUUGAAGGGCCUUUUGUUCUCCAAGGCCAAACCCAAACCAACCACAGUCCUCUGAAGCGCUCAGUUUCCCUCACACCACCGAUCAAUAUGACAAACCAGUCUGCGGUCAGCGAGUGGAUGUCUCCAGAAGACCUACGUACCAGAGCAGUCUACGCCCCAUCAGACCAUGCACCACUCUCCCCGCAGAGCAGCAUAGCCUCCUCUGGGAGUGGUGGCAGUGAGCAGACUGAGGAACAGGGGUCAAGUCGCAACACAUUUCAGGAGGAGGGGAGUGGCAUGAAAGACGUGCCCACUUGGUUAAAGAGUCUUCGGCUACACAAGUACGCGUCUCUCUUCUCUCAGCUAACCUACGAGGAGAUGAUGACCCUGACCGAACACCAGCUGGAAUCUCAGAAUGUCACAAAGGGAGCACGGCACAAAAUAGCCUUGAGCAUUCAGAAGUUACAUGAACGACAGGGUGUGCUGAAAUCCUUAGAAAAGGACAUUCUUGAGGGAGGAAAUCUUCGAAAUGCCCUCCAGGAGCUGCAGCAAAUAAUUAUAACCCCAAUCAAGGCUUACACAACACCUCAAAUGACCCCCAAAGACGGUCACGAGACAGGCACCAAUAGCUCCUCCAAUACUAUACCUGGACUGGGCACAGACAGCCGAACAACCAAAACAGCUGCUGAAAAGGAUUCUACAUCUGAUGGUUUUCAGUCCCAGAGUGUGUCAACAUGUGAUGGAGAGUCAGCAGCAGCUCCUGUAUCUGAAGGUGAUAUUCCUGGACAGUUCACCAGAGUCAUGGGGAAAGUUUGCACUCAGCUGCUGGUGUCCAGACCAGAUGAAGAAAAUAUAAGCUCUUACUUGCAGCUCCUAGAGAAGUGCCUGGCUCAUGAGGCUUUUACUGAAACACAGAAGAAAAGGCUAUUCUCAUGGAAGCAGCAAGUGUUUAAACUGCUGAGGUCUUUUCCUAGGAAGGCCUUGCUAGAAAUGCCAGGUGUUCGGCAGAGAAGCUGGGGUUUCAGUCAGUCGAGUUCACUUCCCACAGCCGGCUCUGUGGUUGGCGGACUAGGCAGGCGAGGCCAACGGCCAUUUCAGGUGCCUCCACGGGGUCUGUCUGCAAACCGGAUGGGUCUGAUUGGUACUUCAGCUGCUAGUCUGGGUGGUGUUUCUCCAAGGCAUACGCUUAAUCCAUUGACAAGUCAAGGCAGGCAGAACCUAUGGUUUGCAAACCCAGGUGGCAGUAAUAGCAUGCCAAGUCAGAGUCGCAGUUCUGUGCAACGGACAUACUCACUACCUGUGCAUACCUCCCCACAGGCCAUCCUGAUGUUCCAGCAGCCAGAAUGCCAAGUGCCAGUAACAGAACCAGAGAUUAAUACCAGACUGGAAUCUCUGUGUCUCAGUAUGACCGAGCACGCGUUAGGAGAUGGAGUGGACAAGACAUCAACUAUUUAGUACGCUGUACUUAGCUUGUGAACACUUAAUGAGAGACUGACAUUACACAGCAGCUGCAGGAAAUGCCACUGAAGUUUUGAGGGUCACUACACCUUACAAUGUAUAUCUUCGCUGAUCUUUAUUUAACCUUCGGGGAAAUAGACCGAUAUCCAAACUACUUCCGGUCCAUUUUCCAGUAUAUUUUUGUUUUAAAGUUUUUUUUUUUUCAGUACCCAACUGGUAAAAGGUUCUGAACCGGUACAAAUAAAUCAUAUAGCUCAAAUUUUAAUUUAAAUAAAACUGGGAAUUAAAAUGAAAUUAGUGAUUGACAGUGUAAGGUGGUGAGCAGCGCUCAUGACAGAAAGAGAGGAGACGGGAACUCUCGGUUGAUAUUACAAUGUCUUAACAGAAACCUGUACAUGCUGUGCUGUCAUGCAGGUCUGGUACCCAGUGUGGACAGUAUAGGCAGUAGUACAGGUCUGGCUGUUGCAUCUGUCUAUCACUAAUUUAACCUAAAGCCUCUGGUCAACUGUCAGUAAUGCAUACAACUUAACCAUUAAAAGUUUUAGAAUAUGUAAAAGAGGUGUUCUGUUCUGAAACCCACGUUACUUUUAAAAACAAAAAUCAUUAUCCAAUUUGCUCUAGCUGCCUUCAGUUAAGACGCUGCAAAGAGGAUUAAUCACUGUGGUGAACAAAAUGAGGAAACAACUGACUUUUUUUUAACCUGGUGUUAUGGUGUUGCUAACAUUCACCUGCAUAUUUGUGCAUGUAUUGACAGCAGGAAUAGAUCUGUGAACAGGCUACUGCCUCGCACAGUUUUGACUAAAUUCUCUCCCUCAUCCCCUUGUUCUCCCUUCAUGAUUGACAGUGUUCAGUUUCAUAACUUUUUUGAUGCAUUGCAGGAGGCGUAUCACAAUGAAGCCACCCUACGCCCACCCCUUUUUUAACUUAUCAGGGUUCUUGAAGGAGCCUCAAUGCCUCUCACUUAAUAGGCUGUGGGUAAUUUCAUUUUUUGUUUGUUUUGGAAUUUUAUGGAUACCAACUCAAUAUUUUGGGAAUUUGGAGCAGUGUGAUCUCGCUGACUUCCAGAAAACUGGCAACAGGCUGAAGAGUUUGAGGUGGCAGGAGGACUUCAAAGUGGCAUUUGGCUCUUCCAGUGGGAUUACUACUCUUGCAUGGAGUUAGAAAAACUUGAAAGAAAUAAAAGACCUUAAACGAGUCUUGAUGAAGCAGCACCUGUGAGCAAACAGACUGUCUAUCUGUCUAAACUACCCUGUAGGAGCUGGCAUUUCCAGUGCUUGGCACACUUUUUAACUAAGGAAAUGUUUUUGAUAUUGGAUCCUGACUGUUAAAAGAUUAGGUUCUGAUUUCCCCAGCCCCUGAAAAAGGAACUGGAAAUUGGCCCUUCCCUGAACCUCCUCCACUAUAAUGUCCACCUUCAUCUCAGUAAUCUUGUGAACCCAGACUAGAAUAUAGCAAAAAAAAAAAAAAAUUUGGUCUGGUACCAGAACAGUUGAGGAUCUUGCUGCAGAAAUUCUGGGGUUAAACCUGUAACACACCGACUGUAGCAAACUCUGCUUGCAGUGUCUUAGGAUGGAAUUGAAAGUCUGACCUGAUGCUUUAUAGUGGUCGUGUCUAACACGAAUUUUGCCAUAUUUGCUGGACAAGAUUUGCCAGUGGGUUGCGGGGAGGGGCAGGGGAGAAGAGUGCAUGAAACUAGCUUUGCUGGUGCACUCUAGUUUGAUUUUUGAUUAAUGAAACAGCAGGUAAAGACCCAUGUCUGCUACAUUUAAACACCAAAUAAAUCUUCAAGAUCAGACAUUCUCAGUAAGAGCAUGUACUGAGAAUUCAGUUGUUGUUUGUUCGUGCUGUGUAAAUACAGAAAUCUUUUAUAGCCAAAUAGUGGGAUACUGAUAGUUCACUAUUUUCAAACAUGUUUGCAUUUCAUGUCACUCUCAUUUGACAGUGGGAAAUAUAUAAACUUAAACAUGCAGGCAAAUUGCACAAACAACAAUCUCCUGCCCCCAGUUGGAGAGUUGUUUGCAGGUGGAAAAGAACCAGUCUCUUUCCUCAUUCGUCCAAAUGCAACAUUGACAACUAAAAAAUCCUUGUUUUCUACAUUUUUGUAAUGUUGGUGCUUUCAGAACAUAAUAUUUCUUUCUGUAAUGAUGCAAGAAAGGUAACCUUAUUUUUUUGAAAAACUUAACAGAAGCGAGAAGUUAGGGAGAUGUGUAUUUGUGUAACCCUCCCUGAUCGCUUACAGUUGCAUUUAAAGAGAGUUCAUAGGUCAUAAUUUUCUAGUGUGAGGCACAGAAUGGGAGGGGGGGGGAAGGGAACGUGUAUGUUCAAAGAAGGAAGGUUUCAUGUAUAUAGUAAAUGUAUGUAUGGAAAAGUGAGAUUAAUUCUUGAAAGGGUAUCAGUUAUAUAAGGGCCUGUUUAUAUGAAUCACAUUUUGUUUUUGGAGUCUUGUGGCUUCAGCAAAGAAGUUUUAUGUGUUUACAUUUUAGGAGGGGGGCAUGCACAACACAGGCAUGACUUUAAAUGACUUUGGAUAUCAUAAUGGUCCUGUCGCACUGAUCGAUAGACAUGUUCUCCACUUGCCUCAGGGCUGUUCUAGCUGCCGUCGUCUUGAAGAGGCGAGUACAGGGGUAGGAAGACCAUUGCCCACUCCCAGAGCAGACUCUAAAAGAACAAAGAAUUUGAUUGCUCCAUGCAAGGAAUCACCUGUACUCGUAAACAUUUUUUUGUUUGCAAAAUCACAAUUUCUUUGUCCAUUUCUCAGUACAGUUGCUGAGUGGCUGCCAUAAUUAAAACAGGAGUACGGGGCAGCUGGUCGUCCUGUCCAUGAAAAGAAUGGAAGUGAACCUUUCCUAUUCACCUAAUUCCCUGUUCAGAUACAAUAAAAACCAAAUUCUAGUGAUAUGAUAGAAGAAGAUAGAGAGGCAAGUAUCUACUUUUCCACGAGAUCCAAAUGGACUUGUAAUUUGUACAACAUGUUAUUUUGCACAGCAUUAGAAAUCCCUGUUGAGAUUUGUGCCUUUGAUUUUUGCAAUUUCUGCAAUUUACUUUUACAACUCCUACCCGACAGCUGCAGGAAAGGUAUUUUUUUUUUUAAUUAUACGACUAAAGCCAUGGGUACAUUAUAAAACUUGGGUGCCUUGUUUGCCAAAUAAUCUGGCUUAUUGACCUGACUGUAAAGAUGCUGCUUGCAUUUAAAUCUGUGUGUGAUUUAUCCAGACUCUGAAGAGAAAUUAAAAUGAGGGUGGUCUUUUAUUUCCAUUCCAAAAUACACCAGAUACAGUUCCUGCUGCAGAAUGCAAGGGUCAAUAUUCCCAACUCCUUUAUCUUUGCUUUUUUUUUUGUUCAAUACAGCAACCUAUCUGUUGCAGUUUAUAUUUUUAUAAUUCAUUAAAAUGAGAUCCCUAGAUGUGUUUUGCAUCACUUAAGUUUGAACUUUGCUACACUGCUACAGAGUGUGGCUCAGCACUGCACUUGGCUCAAUGUGCUGACCGUUUCUGUUGCUGGGCUGGGGAGAGACUGGCUUUGUUUUUGCUUGCAAUGUUUCCCUGACCCUUUUCAGAGGCUACAAUUUCAUAUACCAUCUCCAAAAACAGUUUAUGGCUGCAGCCAAGCACUGAAAUUACCACCUUUUUAUGUUACUCUGUGUCAUGGAUGCCAGAUUAUCUGAGGAAAACCAGGACUUGUUACCAUUGCACUUUAUUUUUUAAGAAACAAGAACGAUCUGAUCAUUUUAUGUUGGGCUUAAAUAUUCAACUUCCAUCAUUCUUUAUGAAGUUGGGUGCCAAGUGUGGUGAUGCAAGACCAGUAUGGAGUCCCCAAAGUAUGAUUUUCCAAACUGCAUGUAAAGGCAAUAAAUAAAUUGUUAUGCAGUUCAUGUAGAAGGCACUGUUAUAUAGUUAACUCUUUUAUCAUCUCUUCACUCUUAAAUCUCUUCUCUCUUAAAACUGAUUGCUUCUCAGUUAGCUGGAGUCUGUAUCCCUGCCAUAGCUUGAAAUGCAAAUGCAGUGAAGUAGUCUAAUACUUGGCCUUUUUGAUUCGUCAUGUUUUUUAUAUUUUCUCAGCCCCAACCCAAUUCUGUCCCUCUUCCUAUUCAACUGAACUCUGAAACCAGUUGGAGCCCUGCCAUUAAUGCAUGGUGAGUUUGCACAGUUCACUCCCUAAAGGAUAUUUCUGCAGUGUUGGUAAAAGGAUGACAUGUGACUAACUGGGGAACAAUGUCACAAGCUACAUUAUCCAAUAUCUUUGCUAAAAUGAAAUGGUACAGAAAUAAAGACAGAUGCCCCAAAAGUCAUUGUUUAAAUUCUUUCUAAUCUUCUAUAAAAUGUGCAUUUUGUCUAUUAGAUUUAGUGGAUUUUCGCAGACUGUUGACUGGUAUCAGUAUUACAAGCUGCAGGGGACACUAAGUCCAGAUGAGUUGAAUGUUUAAAUAUUUUUCCCUUUCCUGUAGAAGUGUUUUUGCAGCAACCCAGCUAGUUAGGGGAAGUUGUGGUGGGAGGGGAAUCUUUAUGUGUUGCAUGUAGCUGGAAUGUUGGAGAUGCUAAUGAGUAACUCACCCAUUCCUUCCUUCUUCCCCCAGCCUGGCCCCCAUGAGAGACUGCAGCAUGCAUAAACAUUCUGCAUCACUGUUUCAUUAUAACUUUUUUAAAGCAAAAAAUGCACCAGUUUUAAACAUUGGGGCCUGAUGAAGGUUGCUUUCCUUCCCUGAGAACAAUUCCUAUUUUAAAAUAAUUUUGAAUCAUUUCUCUGUUAUGUAGAACACUACAAUUUCAACUUGAUUGAUUUAAAUUAAAAAUACAGAACAUAACUACUAAUAAGCAUGCCUUUCAAAGCAGUCUCAGGGUAAAUCACACACUGAGAAUCUUCAGAAUUCAGUUCUGCAGAAGUUUCAAUUUGCUGUCUGCAUCUUUUUGUGUUCAACCAGUGCAACAAGGCAGUAAUUUAGUGUCAAGCCAUUUAAGGAAUCUUUCCUUCUCCUUUCCUUUGGACCAAGUAAAAUGAGAUUAGGGUUUUAUAAAUAUCCCACUUUACCACCCUUGAGCGUAUUGGUUUGUUUAAGAGAUUUCUUUUUUGGUAUCAACAGUUGUACAGCUGCCCAGAACAUUACCAUAGCAACAGUUUCCUGUUUUAGAAUAACACUUGAAAUUAGAGGCUUGAACUGGGUAUAGAGGGGCAGGCUCCCCUGUAAGGCUCAACCCUGUUCCUAUUCGGACAUCUGCACACUGUAUGAUGCAGCCUUGUGUAUUUUGUGACUGUUGAGUGCUUUUGUGAGGUAUAUAUUGCACCAUCUUCUGGACAAAUUGACAAAAGAAAUGAACAGCCACUUCAAUCUGUUUCCAUUCCAGACCUUGUUGAGUGGAUAAUUUGUGGCAGCAGUUACACUAUUUAACUGACCCAUUAAUAGGUAAUAUCCAUUUAUAAAAAUGCAGACCGACUCAGAGCAGCUAAAAUAAAUCUUAUUGCAGGCCCUGAUGGGAGACUGUGUCUCUUAACUUUUACUUUUUUUUUCAAAUCUAGGAACUGGAAAUGGUUCAUCUCUUUGCAGUUUGUCCCACAUUUAACAAGACUUUAUUUGACUUAAUUCAGGGUUUUCUGAAUCCUUCUACCCGGCUUGUUUUCAUCAUGCAUUUGUGUCUUGAAGAUUUGUAUCUACAUGAGAAAGCUGCGUUACCUGUAGGUUUUAUGCUACGCAAUCUGAUUUUUAAAACCAAUUCAUGAAACAAUAGUUGAAAACCCACGAGGGGGCAGUCAGUGGCAUUAAGCCUUUUAAGGCUUCAAGCUUCACCAUCAAUUUUGCUUUGAAAUGUGAUGUUGAGUUUGAAGCUUAUCUAUUUGUGGUUACUAUAAAGCUUAGGGGAAGGAAGGGCAAGACCCUUAAAUAGACUGACUUGAUAAGUGAGUCCUGGGCUCCACACGAAACUAAUUUGGGCUGAAUUUGGAGGGGGAGGUUGUAUGGGGAAGGGUGUGUUAUCUGCUAUGGGACCCUGCAUGAGAUUACCCAACCAGAAUUCUUCAAAUUGAAGAAAACCAACUUUCUCUGUCUCCCUUUGUAACAGGUUUACAAUGAUCCAUGCCUCUCUGAAGUUGGGUCUAAUCGAGGAUGGUUUGUUAAUACAGGCAUGAGCUGUAAGGAACUAAGGUCUGAAAUAGAUCAAAUUGGAAUGGGAUCUAAACCAAAGUCAUUUAAAGCAUUGUGUUUGAAGGUUCGCUUCCCCCCGCCCCUCUUGUACAAGCUACGAUACAUGUUUAAAACACAAGUUAAGUUACCCUUUUUUCUAUUAUACAAUUAUUAUUUUUAAAAGCCUUUGCAGCAGGUUUGCUUCCUCGUGUAAAAGGGAAGUUGUACUUUCCAAGACAGAAUUAGAGAGGGCUUUGGGUGGGAGGGAGGGGGGUGGGAGGGGGUGGAGUUUGAAGUAUGAGAGAAUAGAGGAAUGUUAAAGCAGUGUUGAAAUGUUUCAAGUCUGUAGCAGCUGAGUUUGCGCUGCUGGACGAGGGAUGAGGGGUGGGGGAGAAUUUUAAUAGCCAAACUUCGGAAUAUGCCUGUUCCUUAAAUAUUUUGCUUUUUCAAGGCCAGAACAGACUCAUUCCUGGUUUCUAAAGUUUCACUUCACGUUCUUUUGGCACCUUGACAAUUAAACAUGCUUGAACAUAUCCAUUUUUGGGAGCACAUUAACUGUGGGGCCCUUCACUUCUGUUGCACACAACUUUACAUCCUGGUUAAUGGAUCAAAGGUUGUUUAGUUUUGGCAUAGCCAUUAAUGUAUUUCUCGGACCAGGAAUCCUGGUGUCAUUUGGACAGAUGCAGUCCUGAAUAAAAUUUUUGUUUAUAUUGAGUAGUUAUCUCAUUUGCGAAGCAUCAGAAAGAUCGUUUUCAUAACGUUUCAGAAUGUCCCUGGUUUGAUAUCUGGGCUAGGCUGAUAUCUGUGGGGUAGCAGUUCCUCAGGAGAUGAAAUCCAACUGUUUUCCCAUUCUUGAGAGCAACUAUUCCCCUAGUCCUGGAGACUAUGCAUGGAUAUUUGGGUCAGAAUGGAAAUGCCCUUGGCUUGUGCCAAUUGUCUCAUUCAACUGAUGUGUCAACAUUGCUGUGUCAGUUUUCUGAUGGAGCAGACAGAUUGCUUUAAUUGGCUCUUCUGGGAGAGAUAAGGAGAAAAUGGACACUGCACCAGUUCUGGGGUCACAUCCUGAAUGAACUACUUUCAUGCAGCUGCACUGUGGGAGAAAUUGGAUUUGGAUUCCAAAAGCCCCUUUUGUGCAGUGAAGGUUUGUUUAUAUUCUUCACACCUAUACAAAAAGCACUGUGCUCAUGUGAUUAAACACACAGUAACACAAUAUGAUUUCUUCCCCCAUUCUCUUGAAUCCAGAAUUUGACCCAAUCAUUAUCUCAUUUACUAAACUUCAAUUGAAAGAAGUCUACCCCAGAGUGAAGUUUCUAAAGGAACCAGGAAUCUCUGCUCUGGUGUAAAGUUAGGACAUCACUUUGUGUUCUGUCUGAUGCCAGGAAAAUAAUUUUCUUACUAAACAAUAAAUAUCCAAAAGUGCUUAAAA